GGUCUGACCGAGGCUGCGGGGUAGCGACGUCGCUGGGCAGCGGAGCGGCGGCCGCGCCAUGUGGCUGCUGGGGCCGCUGUGCCUGCUGCUGAGCAGCACCGCGGAGAGCCAGCUGCUCCCUGGGAACAACUUCACCAACGAGUGCAACAUCCCAGGUAACUUCAUGUGCAGCAACGGGCGGUGCAUUCCGGGUGCCUGGCAGUGUGACGGGCUGCCUGACUGCUUCGACAAGAGUGACGAGAAGGAAUGCCCCAAAGUGAAAUCGAAGUGUGGCCCGACCUUCUUCCCUUGUGCCAGUGGCAUCCACUGCAUCAUCGGCCGCUUCCGCUGCAAUGGAUUUGAGGACUGUCCGGAUGGCAGCGAUGAGGAGAACUGCACAGCGAACCCCCUGCUCUGCUCCACGGCGCGCUACCACUGCAGGAAUGGCCUGUGCAUUGACAAGAGCUUCAUCUGCGACGGGCAGAAUAACUGUCAAGACAACAGUGAUGAGGAGAGCUGCGAGAGUUCUCUAGAACCAGGCAGCGGGCAGGUGUUUGUGACCUCAGAGAACCAGCUCGUGUACUACCCCAGUAUCACCUACGCCAUCAUCGGCAGCUCCGUCAUCUUCGUUCUGGUGGUGGCCCUGCUGGCACUGGUCCUGCAUCAUCAGCGAAAACGGAACAACCUUAUGACUCUACCUGUGCACCGGUUGCAGCAUCCCGUACUGCUCUCUCGCCUCGUGGUCCUGGACCACCCCCACCACUGCAAUGUCACCUACAAUGUCAAUAAUGGUGUUCAGUAUGUGGCUAGCCAGGCCGAACAAAAUGCCUCAGAUGUAGGCUCUCCACCCUCCUACUCAGAGGCCCUGCUAGACCAAAGACCGGCAUGGUAUGACCUUCCUCCACCACCCUAUUCGUCUGACACGGAGUCUCUGAACCAAGCUGACCUGCCUCCUUAUCGCUCAAGGUCAGGAAGUGCCUACAGUGCCAGCUCCCAGGCAGCCAGCAGCCUACUGAGUGUGGAAGACAGCAGCCACAGUCCAGAGCAGCCUGGCCCUCCAGAGGGCGCUGCUGAGCCUACAGACUCUGGGCCCAGCCAGGGAACUGAAGAAGUGUAAGAUCCAGUGGUUCCGAAGUCCAUAUGGGUAGAUCUUCUCCAACGUGUUGAAUUCUAAUAGCCUGUGCUCCUGGGAUGCUCUUUGAGCUCCUUUUGAAGCUGUUUCAAGUUGAAGUUUGGGGUGCUGACUGCCUCUCCAUCACCUUCCUCCUCCAGAUUUCAGGGAUGCUCUUUAGAAUGACCUGGCACUCCUCUGGCCUCUUAGUUGACAGGAUGCAUUGUCAUGUAUUGUCAUCUUCUCUGUGAGGUGACUGUUCCUCCUGGGCUUAUGAUGACUGUGCUCCUGUUGGUUUGUCCCAGUAGGUUUGUGACUGGGCAGGCAGCAGGAUGAAGCCAUAAAUAAGCAGUCUUUGGCAGGGUUCUAGGGCCAUGAUGCAUGUUCAGGAGGUCAGAAGACACCAGGCCAGAGUCUACUGGGCUGCCACCUCACAGCUACAUUUGGAGACUUGGCUUGGAGGAUUCUGACAGAAGGCCGUGACUGGUUGGCCACUCGAGAAAAGUGUCCAGGUGAACAUCCAGUCCCACCU